UCCGACUGUUAAUUAAAAAAAAAACUCGCUCGCUAGUCGAAGAAAACCCGGAGCAUUUUUUUUCCUUUGCAAUUCCCCUCACGCGAUCUCGCUCGCCCUCUCCACUUCUUCUGUCACUACCUGGGGAUCGGGUCGGGCUGGGUUGGAUUCGAAUCGAAUCCUGCGGGCUCGCCUCGCGCUGUCGCGUCGUCGUCCUCGCCGCGGCGGUGAUGCGCUCCUGCCGCUGCCGCUGCCGCUGCUGCUAGCGCCGGAUCGGGAGCGAUGAACAUCGUCAAGGGCGUCGCCGAUCUCCUCCGCAAGUCGUCGCCCGCCUCGCCGGGUGCUGGCGGCAGCGGCGGCUCCCGCGGGGGCGGGGACCGAGGAGGCACCGGGUCCCCCUCCGCGGACAGGGUCGCCGCCCCGCCGUCCCCCAGGGUCCGCUUCAGUGACAGUGGUGAGGAAGGAGUUCUGAAUGCACUUUGGCAGAAGUACGAGAAUGCCAUUGACAAGGCUGAAAAGAAGAAAUCCCUGCAAAUAUUUGCCAUGCAUUUUAUAAAAGCAUUUAAAGAUUGGGAGCCAGGCCAUAUUGAGCAAUCAGUUGAUCAAGAAUCAUUAUCAGAUGAUACAGUUUUAGGAUGCUCUACUGGUCAUCCUUCUGAGGUCAUCCUUAUUCUCAUUCAAGAAAUUUCUCAAAUAACUUCAUCGAUCACUGAAAGCAGCAGCUGUCCAGAAUCCUCUGCUAAUAUCUCAGAGUUAUUGGGUGACCUGGGAUUAAACACUGAAGGACUGACAGUUCUAGAGUGCUUGACAAUUGUUACCCGCUCAGUGCAUAACUGUAGAGUAUUUAGUUAUUAUGGAGGUGUGCAGAAGGUCACUGCUCUUUUGAAAGCCGCUGUUGUAAAGCUGAAGACCUUGACCAGCUUGCUUGCCGCAGACGAACAGCUGUCGAAUAAAACUGUAGAGAACAUGAGGACGAUGCAAAAGGUGCUUGUGUACAUUGUUACAGUAAUUUCAAACUUCAUGGAUCUGGAGCCAACUACAACAAGGAUUUCACAGUUUCUAAACAGCUCCAGGCAUGCCCUAUCAAGCAAUUAUUUGGCCACAGUUGGUCCAAGUACUUCAAAAAACAUGGUUUCUGAUAAAAAUUGGCAGAAAAAGGCCAUUGUUUCAGUUAUGGAAGCUGGUGGUGUCAAUUGGUUAGUAGAACUCCUAAGGGUUAUUCGAAGACUGAAUUUAAAAGAGCAGUGGACUGAUCUGUCACUCCACUUCAUAACUUUGUACUCUCUAAGAUCAACUAUAUCUGAAAAUACUCGUGCACAAAAUCAUUUCAGAAGUAUAGGAGGACUGGAGGUUCUAUUAGAUGGGCUUGGACUGCCAUCAAGCAAAUUUUCAGUCUCAAAGCAGUCUUUUGUUCCCAGUGAUGAAAGGCGUGGCAUUCUCCGGCUCCAGAUACUAUCUUUGGAAAUUCUGAGGGAGGCAGUUUUUGGUAAUGUCAAUAAUUUGCAAUUCUUGUGUGAAAAUGGGCGGAUACAUAAAUUCGCCAACAGCAUCUGUUGGCCUGCAUUUAUGCUUCAGGAGUUUCAUCAGCAAAAGUUUCUUGAUCCUCAAGCCAGCCUGAAACUUGAUAAAGAAAGCACUGGGCCUUCACCAACAUUAGAAUCUAUCUCAAAUCCUGUAGAUAUUCUUGAUGCGUCAGAAUGGAAUGAGUAUUCGGUAAAAUUAAGCAUAGCACUUUGCUCUUUUCUUCUUCCUCCCAAAGAGAUCAAGUACUGCCCUGCUCCAGCUGAUGUUAGCCAAAUUUCGCUAUCCAUCUCAUUGGCAUACUGGGAACAAUGUGCAAGGUGGAUUAUAAAGGUUCUUUCGACAGUUUUCCCGUGCAUCAAAGCUUGUGCUAGUGAAACUGAAUUGCCUAACCAUAUAAGGAUUUUAGCAAACACUUUGCAGCAUUACAUGCUUUGCACGUUUAGGAAGGUUCUCAUUUCAGCACCAGCUCUACUUAAAUCUUUUCGAGAGGAGGGUCUCUGGGAUCUGAUAUUCUCAGAGAAAUUUUUCUACUUUGGGUCAUCUGUGAACUAUAUUCAUCAGAUCAUUCAUGAGACAUGGAAUGAUCAACUUAUUGAUGCUCCCAAAUCAACUGAUUCGAAAAGCUUCAAUGAAACUGACGUCAACAUUCUUCAAGCUGAAGCUAUUUCCUUCUUGGAGUUUGCUGCAACACUCAAUGAAAACUCAAAUAACCUGCCAGAAUGCUCAGCAUUGUUAGGUGCACUUGAACAUUGUACCUAUGAUCCUGGAUUGGCCGGUGCGAUUGUUAAGAGCUUUCAUGUUAUCCUACAACUUGCAACUGAACAAACUCUAGCUUCUUUCAAGUCAAUCAAUGUGCUUACUAGAGUCCUGAAGGCUGCAUGCCUUCAAGCGCAAGAAGUAAGGAAGCUGUCCCAUCCCCAAGAUGAUUUAGAUCAAAAUGGUUCUCAAUCCAGAAAUGUUCUGACGGCUUCUUCAGAUGAGAGGAUUAAGAAUGCUUGUACAUUUGUGGAAUUGGCUUUCAACCUUUUCAAGGAUUAUGUCACAAUAUCUGACAUUGGUAGGAUUGCAGUUUUACAUAAUGCCAAUUGUAUUGAGUGUUUAUUUGACUUGUUCCAAGAAGAAUACCUCAGGAAGCACAUAGUGGAGCAAGUACUUGCUUUAUUUAGGUUACCUCCAUCAUCAGCGCAAGACCAUGCAGCAAAGAUGCAUCUAUGCUCCAAAUAUCUCGAGACUUUCACUCGCGUAAAAGAAAAUGAAAAGGGUUUUGCAGAAUUGUCGAUUGAUCUAUUAGUUAACAUGAGAGAGAUCAUAAUGAUAGAUCGUGCGUAUUAUCAAAAUCUGUUUCGUGAUGGGGAGUGCUUCCUGCAUAUAGUCUCUUUGUUGAAUGGAACUUUUAAUGAAGCAGUUGGGGAGCAUUUGGUCCUUAAUGUCCUUCAGACAUUGACUGCUUUACUUGCUGAAAAUGAUGAGUCAAAGGCUGCCUUCAGAUUGCUGGUCGGUGCAGGUUAUCAAACAUUGCAAAGCUUGCUAUUGGACUUCUGUAAAUGGAUUCCAAGUCCUAAACUCCUGGAUGCCCUACUUGACAUGCUUGUUGAUGGGGCAUUUGACAUAAAUGAAAAAACAACAAUAAAGAAUGAAGAUGUCAUUAUGCUAUUACUAAAUGUUCUGCAAAAGAGCAGCACUUCACUUCAGCAUUAUGGGCUUAUGGUCUUACAACAGUUGCUCAAGGGGUCCAUUACAAAUAGAACUGCUUGUUUCAGAGCAGGGCUACUUAGUUUCCUUCUUGAUUGGUUUUCAGUAGAGGAAGGGGAUGACAUUGUAAUCAAAAUUGCGGAGCUAAUUCAGAUCAUUGGUGGACACAGUAUUAGUGGAAAGGAUAUUCGAAAAUUUUUUGCUCUCCUGCGUGGUGAGGAGAUUGUUGCAAAGCAGAAGCAUGGUUCGUUGCUUUUGACAAGUGUUAGUCACAUGCUCAAGGAAAAGGGGCCUGAAGCUUUCUUUGAGUUUAGCGGUCAUGACUCUGGUAUUGAAAUAAAGUCACCAGUUCAAUGGCCUUACAACAAAGGUUUAUCCUUUUGCUGCUGGUUAAGGGUGGAAAAAUUCCCUGAGAAGGGUAUGAUGGGCCUUUUCUCCUUCUUCACUGAAAAUGGAAAAGGAUGUUUAGCUAUGCUUGGGAAAAAUACUCUAAUCUAUGAGUCUGUCAGUCCAAAGCAUCAGUGUGUUUUGUUACCUCUGAGCCUCCCUACGAAGCAGUGGAAAUUCCUUUGCGUUACUCAUACAAUCGGGAGAACCUUCUCUGGAGGGAGCCAGCUGAGAUGCUAUGUAGAUGGUGAUCUAGUAUCAAGUGAAAAGUGCAGGUAUGCAAAAGUAAAUGAAGUAAUGACUCGCUGCAGUGUCGGUACAGAAUUGAUGCCCAUUGGUGAAGAACCUUCUUCUCUUGGUUUUGAGAGCACCUUUGCUUUUACUGGUCAAAUGGGCCCAGUUUAUGCAUUUUCUGAUGCUCUCUCUCCUGAACAAAUAAGGGGCAUUUAUAACCUUGGACCAAGUUACAUGUACUCUUUCCUUGGUGAUCAAAACUUGCUUACAAAUGAUGACUCACUGUACAAGGGAAUACUUGAUGCAAGGGAUGGCAUUUCAUCCAAGAUGAUUUUUGGCUUGAAUGCACAGGCUAGUAACAAUAGGACAUUGUUUAAUGUGUCAUCUGUACUGGAUGGUCCUGACAAGAGUAAGUUUGAGGCAACCACCAUGGGUGGGACAAAGUUAUGCUCCCGGCGUCUGCUGCAGGAAAUAAUUUACUGUGUUGGUGGCGUCUCUGUAUUUUUCCCUCUUUUGGUCCACUUUGAUGAUGCUGUGGUUCAGAAUGGAGAGUCGGCUGCCAGUGAUGAAUUGGCUGGUCAAGUUAUUGAGCUUGUUGCUUCUGUUCUAGAUGGAAAUAUAGCAAAUCAGCAACAGAUGCAUCUUCUUUCUGGAUUCUCAAUUUUAGGCUUCUUGUUCCAAUCUGUAUCACCACAGCUCCUAAAUUUCAAGACUCUUUCAGCAUCGAAGUACAUGUUUACUGUUCUGAAGAACUCUGGCAUGUCAGAAGUUCUAUUGAAAGAUGCUCUUUCGCAGUUUUACUUGAAUCCACAUAUCUGGGCAUAUGCAACCUAUGAAGUACAGAGGGAACUUUAUUUGUUUCUGAUACAAUAUUUUGAAGCUGAUGGGAAGUUUUUACCAAUGUUAUGUGGGCUCCCUAGGAUCAUUGAUGUUGUACGACAGUUCUAUUCGGAUAAGGUAGAUUCUAGGUCCUCUAAGCCUUUGCUGGUUAGCAAAAAGGUGAUCGGAGAGAGACCAAGCAUGGAACAAAUCCGCAAGAUCCGACUUCUCCUGUUGAGUCUGGCAGAAAUGAGCUUAAAGCUAAAGGUUUCUCAACACGAUAUCAAAGCUCUUGUUUCCUUUCUUGAAAGAAGUCAAGAUGUUGCAUGCAUUGAGGAUAUACUUCAUAUGAUUAUCCGUGCCCUUUCGCAGAACUCACUUCUACCAUCUUUCUUGGAGCAAGUAAAUUCACUUGGUGGUUGUUACAUUUUCAUCAAUCUUCUUAAGAGGGAAUUUGAGCCAAUCCGUCUAUUGGGGCUUCAACUUCUUGGAAAGCUAUUGGUUGGAGUUCCAUCUGAGAAAAAAGGACCAAAAAUUUUUGGCCUUCCUGUAGGACGACCUAGAUCUAUUGCUGAAGAUAUAAGGAAAGGAACAACAGCAGCAUCUCAACUGUUUUUCUAUUCAAUAUCUGAAAGACUUUUCAAAUUUCCACUUUCAGAUCAUUUAUGUGCUAGUCUUUUUGAUGUCCUUCUUGGUGGAGCCAGUCCUAAACAGGUUUUACAGAAACGUUCCCAAUCUGAUGCUUUAAAAGAUAGGAGCAGCACUUCAGCGAGCUUGGCUCCUUUUUUUGUACCUCAGAUUCUGGUUUGCAUUUUUAAAUAUAUUCAAUCUUGUGAAGAUGCUUCAGCACGUACAAAGAUUUUAAGUGAUCUUCUUGAUUUGCUGGAUUCAAACCCUUCCAAUGUUGAAUCCCUUAUGGAGUAUGGUUGGAGCUCUUGGCUUGAGACAUCUGCGAAGCUUGAUGUAUUUAGGAACUACAAAUCGAAUUCUGUAGCCAAGGAUAAUGGUUUGGAGACUAAUGAGCUGAUUCUUGUGAGGAACAUGUAUUCGUUGGUCCUCUCCUAUUGCAUAUUCUCUGUUAAAGGUGGCUGGCAUCAACUGGAAGACACGACAAAUUUCCUUCUACUGAAAAUUGAGCAGGGACAGUUACCAAAUUCCUGUCUGCUACGAGACAUUUUUGAAGAUCUCAUUGGAAGCCUUCUGGAGACAUCUUCCGAAGAAAAUGUUUUCAAUUCUCAGCCAUGCCGUGAUAACAUCUUGUAUCUUUUGAACCUUAGUCAUGAACUGUUUGUUGACCAAAUUGGAAUUAAACUCUUGUUUCCUUCGCUCGACAUGUCUGCACAAUUAUCAUCUAAUGAUUCCCUGGAAGAUGACAUUAACUCGGCAGUUGUAGAAAUUAUGAAUAUUGAGAACAAUGACCUAGUUACAAGUCUUCCAUGGAGUAAUACAUUAUUUGUCAAUGGAGAAAAGUUAAGCGAUGAUUGGUGGAGUUAUUUCGACAAGAUAUGGACACUUUUGUGCUAUUUGAAUGACAAAGGACAGAACAGAUUAACACCAAAAGGUUCAAAUGCAGCUGGCCCAUCUAUUGGGCAAAGGGCACGUGGAUUGGUAGAAUCCCUCAAUAUCCCGGCUGCAGAAAUGGCUGCUGUAGUUGUAACUGGAGGCAUCAGUAGUGCAUUAGGUGGAAAGACCAACAAAAUUGCUGACAAAGCUAUGAUGCUAAGAGGGGAGAGGUUUCCAAGAAUUGUCUUCCACCUUAUCAUUAUGUAUUUAUGCAAAGCUGGCUUAGAAAACGCAUCCAAGUGUGUUCAGCAAUUUAUAUCAUUGCUCCCCAAUCUCAUCUCUGAAGAUGAUCAGUGCAAAAACAGACUGCAUUUUUUAAUUUGGUCUUUACUAAGGGUAAGAUCCCAGUAUGGGGAACUUGAUGAUGGUGCACGUUUCCAGGUUGUGUCGCACUUGAUUCUUGAAACUGUGAUAUAUGGAAAGUCUAUGCUUGCAACAAGUACGUUGGGCAGAGAUGAUUCUACUGAAGCAAAUAGCAAUAAGGAGGCUGGGUUCGUCCUCAAUCUUGUACAAAAGGACCGGGUUCUCGCUGCGGCUACUGAUGAGGUAAAGUACAUGAAGGAUGCAACGAUUGAUCGCAUGAAGCUGCUCCAGGAACUCCAUUCUAAACUUGAUGAACGCUCAGUUCAAGACAACGAACGACUGCAAAGUUUUGAGGAUGAUAUACAGUUUGCCAAGACUGCUGCCAUUUCUGCGGAUGACAACAGAAAAGCAGCUUUCCAGCUGGCAUUCGACGAGGAUCAGCAAAUUGUUGCAGACAAAUGGAUUCAUAUUCUCCGUGCUUUGAGUGACGAGAGGGGACCAUGGUCUGCUGCUCCUUUUCCAAAUAAUAUUGUGACAUACUGGAAACUUGACAAGACUGAAGAUAAAUGGCGGCGCCGACUGAAACUCAAACGUAACUAUAAGUUUGACGAACGCCUUUGUCACCCAUCAUCCACCAAAUCUAGUAACGAGAAUACUGCCCCAACUGUUGACCCAUCUGGUAGUACCAAGAUACCAGAAAAAUUGAAGCACUUACUUUUAAAAGGAGUACGUGGAAUUACAGGGGACAUCAAUUCUGAAUCAUUUGAGGAUAACAACGAUACGAGUGAUUCUCCCCAGACUAUCCCGCCAGAGAACCACCCUGUUAGUGACACUGCAGAUUCUGCAGACUCUGAUUAUCAUGCUAUUGUUCAAAAUAGAAAAGAAAGUCCAACCAGUGGAGAUAGUGAUUAUAUUGAGGUACUAUCAUCGGUCCAUUGUGUUCUCGUAACACCCAAAAGAAAAUUAGCUGGGCAAUUGACUAUCACGCGAAAUGCCCUGCAUUUUUCUUUUGAAUUUCUGGUCGAAGGCACUGGUGGAUCAUCUGUUUUCAAUAGAUUUCAAGAUAGAAAAGAUUCAGACUCCAAGAAUGAGAUGGGAGGUUUGGAAAAACCGAAGGCCAAUCUCGAUGGAGGACGAGGCAAUGCUGCUGAAUCUAGUGACACUCAAAUAAAAAAUCAGUCUAAUAAAAUCAAACACCAUAGAAGGUGGAAAAUAACCAGGAUAAAAGCAGUUCAUUGGACACGUUACCUACUACAAUAUACUGCUACAGAGAUAUUCUUUGAUGAUGGAAAUGCACCAGUAUUUCUUAAUUUUUCCUCCCAAAAUGAUGCUAAAAGUGUUGGGUCUCUCUUGGUUUCCCUGAGGAAUGAUGCUUUGUUCCCCAAAGGAACUAGCAGAGAUAAGAACAGUUUGAUCUCCUUUGUUGACAGAAAGGUUGCACUUGAAAUGGCUGAGAGUGCUAGAGAAAGUUGGAGAAGAAGAGAAAUAAGCAACUUUGAGUAUCUUAUGAUUCUCAACACUCUUGCUGGACGAUCUUACAACGAUUUAACUCAAUAUCCUACAUUUCCUUGGAUAAUAGCCGACUACUCCUCAGAAAAGCUUGAUUUUAACAAAUCAUCUACUUUUAGGGACCUGUCAAAACCAGUAGGUGCCUUGGAUGCAAAGCGCUUUAAGGCAUUUGAAGAUAGAUAUCUUAAUUUUGUUGAUCCUGAUAUACCAAGUUUUUAUUAUGGAUCCCACUACUCUAGCAUGGGAAUUGUUCUUUAUUACCUUCUAAGGCUUGAGCCUUUUACUGCUUUACACCGCAAUCUUCAGGGUGGUAAGUUUGAUCAUGCAGAUCGUCUGUUUCAGAGCAUUGAAAGCACAUACAGGAACUGCCUAUCAAAUACAAGUGAUGUCAAAGAGCUUAUACCUGAAUUUUUUUACAUGCCUGAGUUUCUUGAAAAUUCAAAUUCAUAUCACCUUGGCAUAAAGCAGGAUGGUGAACCUUUAGGUGAUGUUGGUCUCCCUCCGUGGGCAAAGGGCUCCCCAGAAGAAUUUAUUUAUAUCAAUAGAGAAGCCCUUGAAAGUGAAUAUGUAAGCUCUAAUCUACAUAACUGGAUUGAUCUCAUAUUUGGUUAUAAGCAGCGUGGCAAGCCUGCAGUUGAGGCAGCAAACAUAUUUUAUUAUUUAACAUAUGAAGGUGCGGUUGAUUUGGAGAACAUGGAUGAUAUGUUGCAAAAGUCUGCUAUUGAGGACCAAAUUGCAAAUUUUGGACAGACACCAAUUCAAAUUUUUCGGAAGAAACACCCAAGAAGAGGUCCUCCUAUACCAAUUGCGCAUCCACUAUAUUUUGCGCCACAAUCGAUAACAGUGACUUCUGUUGUCCCUACCACAAUCACCCCUUCAUCUGUGUUAUUCAUUGGCUUGUUGGACUCAAAUAUUGUCUUGUUGAACGAGGGGCUCAUACUCUCUGUAAAGCUUUGGUUAACAACACAGUUGCAGUCUGGUGGAAACUUCACAUUUUCUGGAUCACUGGAACCUUUCUUUGGAAUUGGUUCUGAUGUUAUUUCUCCAAGGAAAAUUGGUACUUCCUUAGCUGAAAAUGUUGAGUUUGGAAGACAAUGCUUAGCAGCUGUUCAAAUUCAUGGUGACAAUUACUUAAUUCUGUGUGGUAAUUGGGAGAAUAGUUUCCAGAUCAUUUCUCUAAGCGAUGGAAAAAUUGUGCAGAGCAUCCGGCAACAUAAAGAUGUAGUUAGUUGUGUGGCAGUUUCAUCUGAUGGAAGUGUAAUUGCCACUGGAAGUUAUGACACAACUGUUAUGAUCUGGUAUGCAUUCCGAGGAAGAUCAAAUGACAAACGAUCAAGGAAUGCAAAUUACGACAUAUCAACUAAGGAUCACGUCAUUAUUGAAAGCCCUUCCCAUAUAUUAUGUGGUCAUGAUGAUAUUAUCACAUGCAUAUUUGUCAGCACGGAAUUAGACAUUGUUAUCAGUGGGUCUAAGGAUGGAACUUGUAUGUUUCAUACACUGUGUGAGGGGACAUAUGUUCGAUCUAUUCGACACCCCUCAGGUGCUAGCUUGUCAAAACUGGUAACGUCACAGCAUGGUAGGCUAGUGAUAUACUCUGAUAGUGACCUUUCCUUGCACAUGUAUUCCAUAAAUGGAAAGCAUAUUGCCUCGUCAGAAUCCAAUAGUCGUCUCAGUUGCAUGGAGCUAAGUUGCUGUGGUGAGUUUAUGGUAUGUGCUGGUGAUCAUGGUCAAAUUGUUCUGCGCUCUAUGCAUUCCCUUGAUGUUGUUUGGAGGUAUGAGGGAGCUGGGAAGACAAUAACUUCUUUAGUUGUGACUCCUGAGGAGUGCUUCUUGGCAGGAACCAAGGAUGGUAGUUUGAUUGUAUUCUCAAUAGAAAACCCUUUGCUUCGUAAAAGCACCAUGCAACGGCACAAGGCAAAACCUUCUAUUGGUGGUUAGUGGUAUAGAUGAAAACAAUACCAGAACUCCUUGCUGCAUGUUUCAAAUGAGAGGUUUAUCUCAUCAGCAACAAUUGUAAAAGAGAAGAGUCUAUAGUUCCUGUACAAAUGUACAUAUGGCAUCAGUUCAGUUAGCAUUCUGCAGAAGGCAUGUGCCGAUCACAAGCAAAAGGCAGAUAUUCUUCUAACCGUGAAAUGCAUACGACAAAAACUACAAUAGAUUUAUGUUUCAUGUUCACAAGACAAAGGACCUGACCUUCAUAUGAUCUCUUGAGAUUGUAGGGUGUAGUUGGUUGGGGGGUGCAUUUUAGUGUAAUAUACCUUUUUUUUGGGGGUAUUCUUGCUAGUGAAGAGUGAGCAACAAUUUUCCCAGAAAGAAUUUCUAGUAGGUAAAUAGGUGGCCGCUGACCUGUAGCUAAUAACUGCACAUUGUACAUGGAACUGAUGAAAGUUCAUAAUACGCAUGCAGCUUUCGUAAAGAUGCUCUUGAGGUUAGAGCGAUCGUAAA